CUGUCAACGAAAGGUUGAUGUGUUUACGAUUUGAGGUUACGACAGACUGUACUAGAAUUAUUGAGUUAACGGACCAGAAAGAACACUAUUCCAGUCCCAAAGUAACUCCAGCCCUAUUCAACGAGAAAGUGUCACCGGUAACCAGCAAACAGUCGUGGAAGACGUGUUACCACCAAGGCAAUUGACGACAAUUAUUGCUGAAUUCGUGAUCAACCGGUGAAUACCAUUUAAAAGAUGUCGUUUCGAGGUCGCGGAGGUGGCGGCGGCGGACGUGGCUUUGGCGGCCGAGGAGGUGGCGGAGGAAGAAAUAGUUUUGGAGGUGGCGGCGGCGGCCGCGGUUUUGGCGGCGGUAGAGGCGGUUUUGGGGGUCGAGGAGGAGGCAGGAACUUCGAUCAAGGGCCCCCAGAAAGAGUCAUUCCUCUAGGCUACUUUGAUUACACAGUGCAAGACGAUUUAGUUGCUAAAGUGGAAAUUGAAGACGUUCCUUUUUUCAACGCCCCAAUUUAUUUAGAAAAUAAGGAGCAAAUAGGCAAGAUUGAUGAAAUUUUUGGAAAUUUAAGGGAUUACUAUGUCACGAUUCGGCUUGGAGAAGAUGUAAAAGCUAAUAGUUUCAAGAAGAAUCAGAAAUUGUUUAUAGAUCCGGCAAAGUUGCUUCCUUUGCAGAGGUUUUUACCCAAACAACCUGGUUCAGUGCAGAAGCGAGGUGGAAGAGGUGGCGGUCGCGGAGGACGUGGUGGCGGCGGCGGAAGAGGCGGUAAUCGUGGUGGAUUUGGAGGAAGAGGAGGAGGCGGAGGAAGUUUUGGAGGUCGUGGUGGCCGCGGGGGUGGAUUUAGAGGCGGCUGGGGUGGUGGUGGACGAGGAGGCGGAGGUGGUAAAAGGUGGUAGUGAAAAUAUGUCAAACAUUUUACCACGAUUAACAUGUUUGUAUGCUUUUUAUGUGUGAUUGGAGACUGUUGUCAAUAUUUGUAAGGUUUUUAAUAAAUAAAACCAUAAUUUUGAUAGAA